AUGGUAUACAUUAGCAACAUUUCCCACCCCACCAACCAAAAAUUGGUAGCGAAGCAGUACCAGAUCAGUCUAGGCAAGCUCCAAAAGAAGGUGGCUGCUGAUUUCAAGGAAGACAGUAAGUACCGCUUCUACCAAGGCAAGAACAUGGAGUCGCACCUCUACGAGGGAAUUCAGCCUGCUGAGUUCUACGACAAGCUCGAGAACGUGCUCGCAACCCAGAAGUCUGCCUUCAAGGUCAACAUCGCUCUUGGAUACAAGCUUGUCAGCAGAACUGAUGACAGCGAGACUCGCUACUUCCGCCCGAAUAUUAGCAACACGUCUGUAUUUAGCACUCCUGUAGCUAUCAACAGCAAGGCUGAUAUUCGUAAGAAGGUGAUCUCGGAGAUUCGCUCCAUGGAGUUGGCUGACAAGCUCAACUACCCCAGCUCCGGGUACAUGGUGAAGGGGAUUACUGGCUUCAAAAUCUAUAUCUACCAACGCGACCAUGCUCUGGGUGAUAGCGAGGCUGUCAUUCCUAAGGCGAUUCGUAAUAACAAGCACGUCAUCAACUUCCCCAAGACGAACAACAAGUGUGUCUUCCACUGCAUUGCUUAUCACAAGCAGGAGGGAGCCAAGAAGGAUCCUCGCAGAAUCCAGGCUCUGGUGAAACAAGCCUUCAAGCAGUACUGUUCGUACAAGGAGAUCACCUACACUCUGGGUCUGUUCUGCAAUUUCAAGCCUAUCGACAUUCUCCAAUUCGAUGAGCUUGAGGAGUGCUUCAAGCUGAACAUCAACGUCUUCAACAUAGAUUUUGAGACGGGCAAGGUUGAAUGCAUUCGCUGCUCGGACAAGGACUAUGAUUCGAUCAACAUCCUGUCGCACGAGAAUCACGCUCUCUACAUCACGAACGUUGAUAUGCUCCAGCAGAAGUACCAAUGCUCUACGUGUGAGAUGGUGUUUGUUAGCUCUGAUAAGCUACGCAACCACACUAAGAACCAAUGCGAACUCGUGAACAUCGAAUCGUUCCCAGCUCAGCCAACCAUCUACCAACCCGCUCCGAACAGCAUUCGUUCCAUGCUGACUAAGUACUCCAUCAAGGAUGCUGACCAUUACAUCGAUCACUUCAUUGUCUAUGAUUUUGAGGCUAUCCUCAAGCCUACGGGUGUCAAAAACGGAGAGAAUACUAUCUUCGCAAACGAACACAUUCCUGUGUCUGUUUCCGUGGCCGACAGCUUGACUGAGGAGGUGCGAUGCUUUGUCAGCGAUGACCCGAAGGAGUUGCUCAAGGAUAUGUUCCAGUACAUCAAGGAAGUUGCGGCUAAGAUUCAGCAGUACAACGUCUCGAAGUACGAGUCUUUGCUCCGCAAAAUCAUCAACGUCCAUGGUUUGACUGACGCUGAGGUUCCUGGUCUAGACUUGGGUAAGACGUACAAGAUGGAUGAUGUCAAUGCUUGGACUCAGAACUGGGAGUUUGCUUGUUUCUUCGAUUUCCACAGCAAUCUCACAUUCGGUAAGAAGCGCUCGGAUUAUGGCAAGCUGAAGCAGUGCAUUGGUCAGGUACCAGUAUUCGGAUUCAACUCUGGACGCUACGACAUCAACCUUAUCAAGGCGGACCUGUUUGCAGUCAUCGGUACUGACAACAUCACAUCAGUCAUCAAGAACCCUGGCUACAUGUGCAUCGCCACAUCAGACAUGAAAAUGCUUGACAUUAGCAUCUAUGUUCCGGCAGGCACCAGCUAUGCAAAGUACUUGUCGACAUAUCUCGGUGAGUGCAAGUGUGAUGACAAGAUUCGAUGCGUCUGUGGCCUAGGAAAAGGCAUCUUCCCGUACGAGUACAUUACUUCAUUUGACGUACUCAGUCAGCCGGAAGUCCCUCCUAAGUCGGCGUUCGACAGUGCUCUUCGUAGCACUAGCAUCAGCGAUGAGGACUAUGCGCGGGAUCUACUCAUUUGGUACAACAACCUCGAUGUAUUACCCUUCAUCAAGGCCAUCAAAGCCCAGCGAGAACUAUUCAAACGUUUCGAACUUGAUAUGUUCACUGAUGGUGUGUCGCUACCUGGUCUCUCUGAGAAAGUCAUGUAUCAGACGUGCUUCAACAACCUCCAGCAACCAAGUAAAGAGCCUGCUGAAGCGUUUGACUUUCCCGCUAGUCGCUUAAGUGGAUAUAAAACCCAGGAUGCUGAUGCCGAUCGUGAAUUCAAUAUGACGCUAGAACACCUCAACGACUUGCUAGAGCGACAAAAGUACCUGUGUGGGCUAUGCUACAAGCAACUCACAGCUGAUACUGCCUCGGCUGACCGAAUCAAUAACAAGCUCGGACACAUCGAUGGUAAUAUCUUGAUCAGCUGUGUGGGAUGCAACGUUGCUCGCAAGAACAUGUCGCUAAAGGGCUUCCGCCACAAGAAACUACUUGAAUUCAACUCAGACAGGUUGGUGUACAGUAUCGAUAGAGAGGAGAAGGACAUCUACACCAAGAUGAAGGCGAACAUUGCUGGUGGUCCUUCUAUCAUCUUCAACAGAUACGCGAAACGCAACGAGACCAAGAUUCGAGGGGGUAAGAUCUGCAAAAAGAUCAUCGGCUACGAUGCUAAUGCUCUGUAUUUGUGGGCACUUGGUAAUGAGAUGCCAUGUGGACGGUUGAGUACCAUCGAGGCAUACACAGGGAUCGUCGAUGAUAUUGUAAAUGACAAGAUCUUUGGCUUCCUCGAGUGUGAUAUCCGUACACCAGAGCACCUCAAACCCUACUUCAGUGAAAUGACCCCAAUUUUCAAGAACACCCUUAUCGACUGCAGCGAUCGGAGUGUCAUCGGUCAGAACAUGUUCGAGUACAACGAGGAGCGCAAGCAAAGCCGAGCAAAGCCGGCUCGCAAACUCAUCAGGAGCUACUUUGGUGAGAAGAUCCUCAUUUUUGCACCACUACUCAAAUGGUACAUUUCUCAUGGCAUGGAGAUCACCAAGACUUACAGCUUCAUCAAGGCUAGCUCUCACAAGGCAUUUGCACCAUUCAUGGAAGCCGUAUCGAGCGCGCGACGAGAGGGUGAUGAAAAUGUUAAAUCCAUCUGUAAGAUGAUUAUUGAGAAGCUCGCUAAGCUCCGUAUGUUGCAAUUCUACUAUGAUUGCAUUGACUUCUACUUCGACCGUUCGGAAUUCCAGUACCAAGAAAUGGACACAGACUCGGCUUAUAUUGCGUUCAGCUGUGAGAAGCCAUUCGUUGAGUGUAUCAAGCCCGAGCUUUGUGAGCAUUUUCAGCAGCAUACGUACGAGUGGUUCCCACGUGAUUAUAGCGAAGAGAUGGCUCAGUUUGAUCGCCGAACGCCAGGUUUGUUCAAGGAUGAGUGGUCUGGUGAUGCUAUGGUAUCAUUGUCCUCUAAGAACUACAUUUGCUACCUACCAGACGAAUCUUACAAGGUCAAGGUUUCAGCGAAGGGAGUCCAGCAGAGUGGUGGCCGCAAUGGCGACGUCCUCAACCCAGAUGGCUUUGAAUCAGUUGUUCGCGAUCGCAUCACGCUACAGGGCACCAACAAGGGGUUUAGACUCAGUAAGGAGACCUUAUACCAGAAGGCUAAAGAACUUGAGCCGAAGAUUACGAUGAAAAUCGUCAAGGAAUGGUACUCAAACCAGAGCGAUAUUCAGCGAUUUCAGGAGCAGAAGAAGCGAUACGAUGGCUAUGGUGACAAUAGCGACCUCAACGUCGCUGAGUUGAAAGCUAUCAUGAAGAACCUCAUCAUUCAUGAUCGUCCCCAGAAGACCCAAGCCGCUUUGUAG